AUGGCGGCGUUUGACCGUAAAGCAGAUGAAAAACUAGUUUUUGAAACCAGUGAAGAUGUUAAAGUAGUACCCACUUUUGAUUCCAUUGGUUUAAAGGAAGAUCUUUUAAGAGGCAUCUAUGCAUAUAAUUUUGAGAAACCAUCAGCAAUUCAACAAAGAGCCAUAGUUCCAAUUGUAAAAGGGCGUGAUGUUAUUGCUCAAGCACAAUCUGGUACAGGAAAAACUGCCACAUUUUCAAUAUCGAUUCUACAAUGUAUUGAUACAUUAAUUCGUGAAACCCAAGCAUUAGUUUUGUCACCAACAAGAGAAUUGGCAACUCAGAUUCAAAGUGUAAUUUUAGCACUUGGUGAUUACAUGAAUGUACAAUGCCAUGCUUGUGUGGGUGGGACUAGUGUUGGGGAAGACAUUCGUAAGCUUGAUUAUGGUCAACAUGUUGUAUCGGGUACUCCUGGUCGAGUUUUUGACAUGAUCCGUCGUCGCAAUUUAAGAACUCGUCACAUCAAAAUGCUUGUGUUGGAUGAAGCAGAUGAAUUACUUAAUAAGGGAUUUAAAGAUCAAAUAUAUGAUGUUUAUCGUUACCUUCCACCAGGUACCCAAGUUGUUCUUCUAAGUGCCACAUUACCUUAUGAUGUACUUGAGAUGACCACAAAGUUCAUGUCUGAUCCUAUCCGAAUAUUGGUUAAACGUGAUGAGUUGACAUUAGAAGGAAUUAAACAAUUCUUUGUUGCUGUUGAAAAAGAAGAAUGGAAAUUUGAUACAUUGUGUGACCUAUAUGACACAUUAACAAUCACUCAGGCUGUAAUAUUCUGCAACACUCGUAAAAAAGUUGAUUGGUUAACUGAUAAAAUGCGCGAAGCAAACUUCACUGUCUCUUCAAUGCAUGGAGAGAUGCCACAAAAAGAAAGAGAUCAGAUCAUGCAAGAAUUUCGUCAAGGCACUAGUCGAGUUUUGAUUACCACUGAUAUUUGGGCACGUGGUAUUGAUGUUCAACAAGUAUCCUUGGUAAUAAAUUACGAUUUACCUAUUAACCGUGAACUUUACAUUCAUCGCAUAGGAAGAUCAGGACGUUUUGGUAGAAAAGGUGUUGCAAUUAAUUUUGUCACUUCUGAGGAUGUUCGUAUUUUACGUGAUAUUGAACAAUAUUACAGUACACAAAUAGAUGAGAUGCCAAUGAAUGU